CUGGCUGACAGAUGGAAAACUUCAUUCUCUAUGAGGAGAUUGGCAGAGGAAGCAAGACGGUUGUGUAUAAAGGGCGGCGGAAGGGAACCAUCAAUUUCGUAGCCAUUCUCUGUACUGAGAAGUGCAAAAGGCCCGAAAUAACCAACUGGACAGAGAUCUUCCAUCCGCUGGUUCACUUACCAAACGGCUGCAACAGCGGGAGCUGGGCUGAUCCGAAGUCAGCAACUUCUUCCCCGUCUCCCACAUGGAUGCAGGAGCAUAAGCACUUGGCGGAUGUUCCACUGCUUUCUCAGGCCAUAGCAGGGAGCUGGAUUGGAAGUGGAGCAUCUGGGAUUGGAACCUGCGCCAGGUGGCGGCUUUACCUGCUAUGCCACAGCAUCGGUCCCUCUUCCUUUCUGUUUUAAGAGAUUCAUGUACUAUUUAAUGACAUUGAUCUCACAGUGGAAAAAUCAAUAAAUUUCUGAUGAGAUAAAGUAUACUGAGGAACAUGUGUAACAUGACUUUAUAAUCAAAUUUGUUCUUGAUUUCACUGCAGAAUUCACUGGCCCUGAAGAAACUUAACACAGAAAUAGUUGCGAAGACCAAGAAUAAGGAAUAUAAAGAAAUUCCUAAACAUAGUUGUCAAAUGAUUUUCAAAUACUAAAUUCAGUAUUCAAGUGGUAAACCCAUUCAUUUAAUGAUGGGUCCAUUUCACACUGAAUUUGAGCCACAGCACGUGGUCCUCCUCUACAGUGAGGACCACCAAAAAUUUUGCUUUGACAUGUAUCUCAUGUUACACUGUACACUGCAAAAUUUUCAGUUCAGUAGACUCACUGAGAUGAUACAUAAACAAUAUACAGGAAUGUUAUUCAUGAAAUAUCAACUUUCUAGUUCAAGUUUUUGCUUAGUAAUUGUGCUGUGAUUGCUUUAGAUGGUCUAAAGUAGCUAGAACUUUGGGCACAAGCAUUCUUCCAUCAUAGUAUUCACAACGUGUAAUGGAAUUAUUAAUAACCCACCUAAAUGUGGAAGAAAGGUGCCAAACAGGAACAAUAGUGGAAUGGGAAAGCAAAACACCUGUGUAUUUUCAUUAACAAGGCCUGAAACAUGGAAUUUCAGCAACUGCAUUUCUUUGAGUACCUACAAAUCCUGACAGAGGCCUGAGAUGAGUGUUCUUAGAAUAAGACUGUUUUGACUCACAGCACACUUCAAAGGUCCGUCUCACCCAUGAAAUUAAACACAAGAAUAUUGUAACUUUCCACGAGUGGUAUGAAACCAGCAAUCAUCUCUGGCUAGUGGUGGAGCUGUGCACGGGUGGUUCUUUGGAAACGGUUAUUGCUCAAGAUGAAAACCUUCCGGAAGACGUUGUGAGAGAAUUUGGAAUUGACCUGAUGACUGGCUUACAUCAUCUCCAUCAGCUGGGCAUUCUGUUCUGUGACAUUUCUCCUGGGAAGAUACUGUUGGAAGGACCUGGCACGUUGAAGUUCAGCAACUUCUGCUUGGCCAAAGUGGAAGGUGAAAACUUGGAAGAGUUCUUUGCUUUGAUUGCAGCAGAAGAAGGAGGAGGCGAUAGUGGGGAAAAUGUACUGAAGAAAAGCAUGAAAAACAGAAUCAAAGGAUCUCCGAUAUACACAGCGCCGGAAAUCGUCAGGGGCACUGAUUUCUCCAUCGCCAGUGACCUCUGGUCUUUGGGCUGUCUACUUUAUGAAAUGUUUUCAGGAAGACCUCCAUUCUUCUCAGAAAGUGAUUCAAAGUUGAUUGAAAAGAUUCUAUAUGAAGAUCCUUUGCCACCUAUUCCAAAAGAUGCUUCUUUUCCUAAAGCGUCUUCAGAUUUGGUUAACUUGCUUGAUGGGUUACUUCAGAAAGAUCCACAGAAAAGGUUCACUUGGACAGAUGUGCUGCAGCACGCGUUUUGGAGGAAUGCUUUCAGUAAAGAAGAGCAGGGUGCCAACGUCAGCGAUUCCGGCUUCAGGUGUGUGACGGAGUGUUCUGGGCCGCAAGAAUCCAAGGAGCAGAAGCCUCCGAAUGGACAGGCGAAAGGGCAGAGCUCCAGCGGUCCCCGGCCGAGUCGCUCCUGCAGACUGGAAAAUCCAGCCGAGCUGCGGCCCAAGAGCACUCCUGGGGGCCAGCUGAGUGAAUCCAUGUUCCUCCUCAGGCCUGUGUUUUCCAGUUCCCGUCCCACUCCAAGAACCAGCAGCACAGCAGUGGGAGUGAGUCCGGGAGAGGUUAUGACUCAGAAUUCCCCCCAGAGGACUUCUCCUUUGUCCAAGGUCGCCGGCGGCCACCUGAGUCAGCAGGACCUGGAAUCCCAGAUGCGGGAGCUCAUCUACACCGACUCGGAUCUGCUCGUCACCCCGAUCAUCGACAACCCCAAGAUAAUGAAACAACCGCCCAUUAAAUUUGAUCCAAAAAUACUGCAUCUACCGGCACAUUCAGUGGAGAAGUUACUGUCCCUGAGAGACCAAGAUUGGAGUGAGUUUUUGCAACAACUCUGCUCCCAGAUUGACUCGGCGGAGAAGAGCACUGGGGCAUCCCGAGCCAAACUGAAUCUCCUCUGCUACUUGUGUGUCGUGGCCGGUCACAAGGAGGUGGCCAGCAGGCUCCUCCAUUCCCCGCUGUUCCAAUUGCUCAUCCAGCAUUUGCGAAUAGCUCCGAACUGGGACAUACGGGCCAAGGUUGCGCGCGUGAUUGGUUUACUGGCCUCACACACAACAGAGCUCCAGGAAAACACACCUGUUAUUGAGGCAAUUGCUCUCUUAACUGAAUUAAUUCGGGAGAACUUCAGGAACAGCAAAUUAAAACAGUGCCUCUUGCCAACCCUUGGAGAGCUGAUCUAUCUCGUAGCCACCCAGGAUGAAAAAAAAAAGAACCCCAGAGAAUGCUGGGCCGUUCCCGUGGCUGCAUACACAGUGCUAAUGAGGUGCCUUCGGGAAGGGGAAGAACGUAUCGUGAAUCACAUGGCUGCAAAGAUAAUUGAAAAUGUCUGUACUACCUUUUCUGCUCAAGCCCAAGGCUUUAUUACCGGAGAAAUCGGACCAGUUCUGUGGUACCUAUUCAGACACUCCACUGUUGACUCUCUCAGGAUCACGGCAAUAUCGGCCUUGUGCAGGAUCACUCGGCAUUCGCCUGCUGCCUUCCAGAAUGUCAUCGAGAAGGUGGGCCUGAACUCCGUGAUCAGCUGCCUGGCCUCUGCCAUCUGCAGGGUCCAGCAGUACAUGCUGACCCUGUUCACCGCCAUGCUGUCCUGCGGGAUUCAUCUUCAAAGGCUCAUCCAGGAAAAGGAUUUUGUCUCCACAGUUAUCCGUCUACUCGACAGCCCGUCCACUUGCAUUAGAGCCAAAGCCUUCCUGGUGCUCUUGUAUAUCCUGCUUCAUAACCGUGAGGUGUUGCUGCUCUGCUGUCAAGCCAGACUGGUGCUGUACAUCGAACGAGACAGCAGAAAGACCGCUCCAGGCAGGGAGCAGCAGAGUGGCAGUGAAUACCUGUGCAGAUGCCUGGCCCUUCUCGUCCGUCACGUCGUGCAGGAGCUGCCAGGGAUCCUGGGUGACGUCCUUACCGCCUUGGCUAACGUUUCUGGCCGCAAGCACCCGUCCACCGUUCAAGUGAAGCAGCUUAAGAUGUGUCUGCCUCUGAUGCCUGUGGUCCUGCACCUCGUGACCUCCCAGGUGUUUCGACCUCAAGUUGUGACAGAAGAGUUCCUUUUCUCUUACGGCACUAUUCUGAGUCAUAUUACGUCGGUAGACUCAGGAGAAACAAAUAUAGAUGGAGCCAUUGGACUGACGGCGUCGGAAGAAUUUAUCAAGAUCACGUUGUCGGCUUUUGAAGCAGUAAUACAGUAUCCCCUUUUAUUGAAAGACUAUCGCUCUACGGUUGUGGACUACAUCCUGCCACCCUUGGUGUCCUUGGUUCAAAGCCAGAAUGUGGAGUGGCGGCUCUUCAGCUUGCGGUUGCUCUCAGAAACCACCUCUCUGCUGGUCAGCCAGGAGGCCGGGGACGGCAGGGAGGAGGCGAGCGUCGUGGACUCGGAGAGCAGUCUGCUGGCCCUCAUCAGAGAUGUCCUGCUUCCACAAUACGAGCACAUUCUCACAGAGCCCGACCCAGUGCCCGCGUACGCUCUGAAACUGCUGGUCGCAAUGACUGAACACAGCCCAGCGUUGACCAGACUUGUGGAAGAAAGCAAACUGAUUCCCCUCAUUUUUGAAGUGAUUCUGGAACAUCAGGAGAGCAUUCUGGGGAACGCUAUGCAGAGUGUGAUUGCUUUGCUCAACAACCUGGUAGCCUGCAAAGAUUCAAAUAUGAAACUACUUUAUGAACAAGGUCUCGUCACGCAUGUCUGCCACCUGUUCACCACGGCCGCCGCGCUGUGCCUGGACACGGACCACACGCACAACGCGGAGACGGCGGCCGCGCUGCUGUUCUCUCUGCUGGAGAUCCUGCACGGCAUGCUCGCGUACACGUCCGCCAUCGUGCGCCUGGCCUUGCAGGCUCAGAAGUCUGGCUCAAGAGGGGACACUCAGGCCGCAGAAGACUUGCUGCUGCUCGGCAGGCCACUCACCGACCUCAUCAGCCUGCUCAUCCCGCUGCUUCCCAGUGAGGAUCCUGAGAUUUUCGAGAUGUCGUCCAAGUGCCUGUCUAUCCUGGUUCAGCUGUACGGCGGGGAAAACCCCGACAGCCUGUCUCCCGAAAACGCAGAGAGUUUCGCUGAGCUCCUGUUAGCCAAGGAGGACCCGAAGGAGCAGAAGCUGCUGCUGAGGAUUCUCAGGCGGCUGAUCACCUCCAGUGAGAAGCACUUGCAGAGUCUGAAGAAGGCGGACAGCCUCCUGCGGGCUCUGGAGCGGCUGGCCCCGACCGGGGGCUUGUCUGCCGACAGUGCGGUACCUUCCCUGGCCCUGGAGAUCCUGCGUGCCGCUGGGUGCUAGGCAAGCCCGGCUCCCAGACCCACCCGCGCCACAUCACUGCUCACUGCUGUACUUGGACCUAAUAAAGCCAGCUGCACCUGAACCUGCCGGCUGCAAGUGCUCUCACUACCCUGCGGCCCUUGAAAAUGGACUCAGAGCGGACUUCCCCAUUCCCGUGGGGUGCAUCUGAGACGGCCAGCCAUGCUGCAUUCCCAUCCCCCCCGUCGUGAGCUCUGCCUGUGCAAACAAGGCAGCCGAGGAGACGCUCCGUGCUGCCGUCUGUGAGCGUCCCCUCUUGUCCUGGGGGAAGAUUUGAAAGGCAUGAUGGCUCCCCAAGUUGCAGCUCUGGAGCCAGCUGCCGGAAGCUCCUUUGAGCCUCUUAUACGUCCCCCCCCCCCAUCCCCAGACUUCAGUGUCCUUGUGGAGAAGAGGGUCCUCAUCAAUCUCAGGAAGGUGGGCCCGAGUUCCCGGGGGGAGGGAUGAGCAGACUCACCCAGCAGAGGGCUUGCCCUGCCCUUGCAGCUGGCUCCUGACCACCAGCUCCCCAACACCCCCCUCCCCCAGACUCUGGCGGUGGCAAGGGGCCCAGGCCUAGGCCCCAAUUUGUCCCAUCCUUGCCUCCAUUCCCGCGCCUCAGCUGAGCCGCUCCAGGAAUGCAGGAUGUCUCUCAAGUUCAGAGGUAGGAGGCAGCCCAGCGCACCUGACCAGAGCUGGGCACCACCUGCAGUGGACCUCAGAGUCCUGCCCCCUGCAUCGUCUCACUUCGUCCACACCACCUCCAGGCGGCCUCAGGCGGACUGGAACUGGGUCUCCCCUGCCUCUGCUUGAAUACAGAACUAUCCAAGGCAGCAGAAGCCCUGACACAGGCAGGGCUGGGAGGAGGAGUAGUGGGGACCCUUGGGGGAGCUGGAGGUGGGCGUAGGGCAGGGGUCAGGCGAGCCCGAGCUUCUGAGGCUUUGGCCCCAGCAUUUUGGGCAGAGGGGUGGGGAGCCUGGGAGCAAGCAGCUGUGACCUUGGACAAGGAUCCUUUAACAGGCUUGAUGUCGAGGUGACGGGGCGGACACACAGAUCUUGCAGAGGUGGGUCUGGUAAAGGCACGCACACACGCAGGUGGGCUCUGCUGCUCCUUUAUGGGCGCGCAGACUUGCAAGACCAUUCUGCAUCAGAGCCAGGGGCACUGUGAGGGAGGCUGGUGUUCUGUUGGCAGCAGUGCUGCACUGAGUGGCCCUGGGACAAACACCGGGGGUAGUGCCACCCCCACUGUCACAGUGGCUCUGCCAACCUUUUCUAAGAUGGAAAUUCAGGAGAAUUUACAGGUUUCAUGGAUAAUGCCAAACCUACCUUGCAAACACAUGGGGUCCCAAUCUCUCUUGAGAGAGUGGAGUGUGUCCUUUGCACUGUUCAUCUGUCUGCCCACCCCUCACAAGUGGCAGGGACUCCAUGUAGGAAGCUGCCAGACCUGUGCAGUCACUUCGGAAUUGCAGUUAAGAUUCUCAACCGAAAACAAAACUGCAGAUCAGUGUUGGAGGCUUUGCUUUGUAACAGCGUAAUUCAAAGCUUGUUUUAUUAUAGCAAUCAAAAUUACUUACAGAGCAUACUUAUCUUAAAACCUUUCGCUGUCAAGGAUUCAAAUAAUCCAAUCAAUAGUCUGUCUAGAAUAUCAGCCUACAACCAUCUGACUGCUCACUGCCACGGGACCAGUCUUGUUCUCCCAACGACAGCAUAGCUGCUAGGAAACUGCCCCAGCACCCCUACCAGUUCAGCACUUCCCGCGUCCUGCCCUAUCUGCGUUCCCUUGGCAGGUAACCACUAUUCUGACUUUGGCAGCUAUCCCUUCCUUUAAGUGCUUUUCCUCUGUUUUUGGACGAAUGAAGUCCCACAGCAUGCAUGUGUGACUCCUGUGCCCUGCUGUACCCCCCACCCACGCUACUAUGUGAACCUUUUUAUUGCACUAUUUCUCAUGGAAGCCAUAGGCUUCUGGGGUGGGUGUGCUGCUACUGUGACCUACGUGAUGCAGCCUGAAAGCAAGUCAGUGAUACUGGUAUUUCCUUGGGCACACACACCUUCUACAUUAAUUUGUUCCAAUGGCUACUUAAUCAUCCCAUACUUUUUCAAGAAAGUGCAUUUUCCACAUUGAUGCCACUUCUACCUCUGAGGUACCUUUAAAUGAUCCUACCAUUAGCCCUACAGUUUGGCUUCAGAGCUGCUACAGAAGUCUGUUGUCUGUACUGUUCUUAAGUGCCUGCAUCCCCCUGGGUGCUUGUCAGUACAGUCCAGAACUACCUUGCUGAACUGGAUUAAUUUCCUUGUUACAUUGGACAAAUCUCUAAAGAUGCUUUCUGGUUUAGAACAAACCUGUAACUGAACCAUCCUGCCAAGGUUCUUCCUGUUCAGAGUUAAACUUGCUGCGUGAACCUACCAGCAGCACUCAGUAUCCUUGCAAUACUGGCUGGUUGGUUGUCGUGUAUAAGGAAAAAGCUUUCAAAAAGCAACUUCAUGUGUUCAUCCAACUGCUACCACCUUGAUAAAAACAGUCGGUCAGAAAUAGCUUUCCCUCCACACAAAACACUCUUGCUUUUAUAGACCAAAACACAAGUCUUAACAGGUCUGCGCUGAGAGAUGAACAAAGUCUGUCAGACCUACCACCAGGAUGACGGGAUCAUCUGGCAGAGAGUGGGAGGAUGGCCCGUCCUGUGGAUGUUCAGAUAAGUCUGCUUAAUUAGCAGUUCAAAGUGGAGCUGCAGGAAUUCCCCUCCAAAUGAGUCACCCCUGUGUGGAGGUGCUUACAGCCCCAAGCCCAGGUUGGUAGUGUUUCCUUUUUACCUACAGGCAUACCCUGUGCAGGGAGGCCUCCUGGCUUUCAGUUUUGCUGUUUCUUGUAGCUCAGUGUAGCCCCAAAGGCUUCUGGUCACCCGGACGAGACUGAGGCCAGGCUGGAAGGGUCCUGGCCCAAGGCUCCUGGCCCACAGCUCUCCUCCAAGACCCUAACUGCAGGAAGAUGGAUAUUGUUACCCUCAUCACUGAGUGACAAGAAGAAAACAAAGUGACACCACUGAAUGAAUUAAAAGUUUAAUUCUGAACCCUUUUUAUAACCUCAUGUUUUUCUUGAAGCAUCAUAUCACAGCAGGUUACAACAACUUUGGGAUAAAAGGCAACUGGUAAACUGUCCAAAACAAGGUUCCAAGUAACACCUCUUACUGAUGUACCCUUCCCAUACAUAUCCCAAAUAAAGUUUUUGAUCAAAAACAUGAAAUAGAUCCACCUGCUUAUUUUAAGCAUAUUAAAAAGGAAACUAAUUGGACCAUUUCUAUUUGUCUAUUUUAUACAAAAAGGCUACACAAUGUUACACUUUAUUCAGAUUACAAUUAGAGUGAUUAUGAAUUAGUGUUCUACACCAUUACUCAAUUCUUAAAAAUUAGAAAUCGCUGUAGCAGUAUCCACUAUAACUUAACACUACAAGACUUAAAAAACUAACAGUUACUGCAAAAAAAGAAAAAAAAGAAAAAAGGAAAAGAAAAAUUAAAAGAGCUACUUCAAAGCAAGCAAAGUCAGUACCAUUACAGAUUAAAAAAAAAAUUUAACAAGCAAGGCUAGGGUUUGAUAAAUUCCAUCUUGUGAUCCAUUCUUGUGCAUUCUUCACUUCUUGAGUCACUCCCAAAAUCCAUUUGUAUUGUUACU